AUGUACAGUCGCUCAGUAGGAAUAAAAAACUUAAUAUCCAGUGCGAUUGUUCGCAGACGGUUGUCUUUAACGGCGCGUAACUUCCAAGAAGAAUCCGCAGUUGUGGAAACUCGCGAAGUUACCAAAGACCGUUCACAGCAAGUGCCCCUUGAGACGAGCCUUCGCUAUCUAAAAAGUGCCGCAUAUAAGCAGACCUAUGGUAAUCAGCCCGUUUGGGUGCCUUACAGAAGGAAUCACAAAGGAGCCAUUCCGCCUAGACAUACAAGAAAAACCUGCAUUCGUAAUGAGGAGAUAUCUACUGGAAACCCUUGCCCCAUUUGCCGGGAUGAGUAUCUAGUUCUUCACCAAGAAAACACUGAAUUAUUGAAGCAGUUUAUAUCGCCCCAGACUGGCGCUGUGCUGGGCUACAGCCAAACUGGGCUUUGCAGAAGGAGACAACUGGAGUUGGAAGUUUGCAUUAAGAGAGCUUAUGACUAUGGACUACUAACGUUUGAUGUGCCAUUUAGGAAAUACGACUACUCCAAAUAUUACCCAAAAAAUAAAUAAUGGAAGCAG